AUUGCCGCUGUCAACAUAAGAUCUGACAUUUGUUUUGAUUUAGCAAAAAAAAAUUUUUUUGAUUGACCCAAACAAUAUUUUGUGUAAGACCUAGCCCAUUCGCAAUUUGAACAAAUCCAAAUAUUUCUAAAACAUGGGUGUUUGGGAUGCAAUUACUUCGUGUAUGUGGUUCAACCAGGAAUAUCAGCGGAAUACAAUCGCUUCGAUGUUGGCUGGAGUAUUGUUUUUCACCGGUUGGUGGUUUCUCAUCGACGCCCUGACUAUGAAUCCGAGUCAAAUAAACGCAACACACAUUAUCCUAGGAAUAUUGGGUACAAUCAGUCUGUUCAUGGUGAAUUCAGUCACUCAAGCACAGCUGAGCGGUGAUAACUUUAAUGGAGGCUUUCUCGAAGCCAGAGGUGCCCGCAUUUGGAUAUUUAUCGGGUUCGUGUUGGGAUUUGCUGCCAUUAUUGCAGCUAUAUGGGUGAUGGUUGCAAGCUUUUCCACAAACGAUUCAAAAGAGAGCCAUUGGCCGGGUGUUAGUUUGCUGCUCCAGAACGUAUUCAUAUUUGUGUCAUCAUUGGUGUAUAAAUUCGGACGAGUAGAAGAUUUCUAAACUCCAUUCAUUGAUCUCCCGAAACUCCAAUUUUUACAUCAACAUUGUGAACUAAUCUAAUCUUAAAAACUUAUUAAUUAGAAGAACAAUUAUAGCGAUUUAGGUAAGGAGCAGAUAGUUUAAUUUAAAAAAAAACAAAAUUUUAUGUUUAAUUUUCGGUGUCAAAUCAAAUUCCAUUUGACGGACUUACUUUAAAAAAACAAACUUUUUUUUCUUAUGAUAAACUUUGUAAACACAAACCCGCUGAAGAAAAUAACUCUCGAGAUUAUGGAAAAUAAAUGUGAAAAACUGAACCACAUA